AUUUGAACGUGUGUGUCAGCCAUAUUGGCUAUGGGAAUUGCUGGAGGGAAUUAAUAAAUAAAACAAACUAUUUCUAGUAUACUAUAAACGGUCAAUAUCAGCUAGAAUUUGUGUAGUUUAUAAACGAAUUUUAAGAUAAAUAAUUGCCAUAUAAAUUAAAUUAGUUAUUUUUUCUCAGUGCCCCUAAUUCAAAAUCAAUUUUAAAAGUGUACUAGGUUUUUGCUAUGCUGUGUAUUUUUGCUACAUACGAUCGAUCAUUUAUAAAUAUUCCGUGUAUUUUCUGAUAAAUUGAAGAACAAUUAUUGUCUUUCUCUCGAUAAUGGGGGACCGUGACAUCCCAAGUGUUCCCGUCACAACAUUAGCUGGUCUAACCAGCACUUCUGAUUUGCUCAGCGAGCUGCCUGUAUCCGAUUGUCUACAGAGCGCUGCAUCUUUUAAUAAAUCGCUCCUGUUCCAUUCGUUAGUGGCCAACGAAUCUAAUAAUCUUCUGUCAGUCCGUGAUGAAAAUCUAGUAAGACAGUUGGUAAAUGCCAUUGAGCAAACGAAUUCGGACAAUAUAGAACUUAAGCCUCAAUAUGCCAUACAUCAACAUGGUGCUAAUAUUAGUACAUAUCCUGAACUACUGCAGGGUAUUUACAACUAUCGCCCAACUGUAUUCAACACUCCACGGCGAAACGCAAUAAAUGAUCACACGGUUGAGCAACACCUCACGGAACACUUACAGAACAAGCAUCCAACGCAUUCCAAGCAAACGGGCCUUGUUAAUAAUGUAAACGAUAUUUGUCAAGAGGCAUACAAUUUUAAUGCUAGCUAUCAGCAUCCUCAUCUCAAAGAAUAUGUUCAUCAGUCAAUCAGUACUGUAGAUAAAAGCAACUUACCUGAUCAACGUGAUUCUACAUCAAGUAGAGGUCAGCUUGAAUCCAUAGUUUCUAGAGAAAAUAUAGUAAUACAGGAGGAACAGACAUCCCGAAUUCAAUCAUUAAAUGCCAAUCAUCAUGGAGAGCAACUCCAAGCGUACUAUCAUCAAUACCAACAUCAAAAUCCCAUUGGUCUACCAAAAAGCAAAACCACAAACUCAUCUAUCGACCAUCACCAAUUACAUCAGAACACAUUUCAAACUCCGUCAACAACUACAUUGACAAUUCAAGGAAAUUUUCAAAAUGUAUUGAACCUACAAAGACAGCAGAUCGCCGAUGGAGGGGUCGUCCAGCAACAAUACAGCAAACCUCCUUCACCAUCAAAGUCGCUAAUAAUUGUGGCAAAUAAUAGUACAUUUGUAAACGACUUUAACCAAUGUACAAAUCUUACAUCAACUGCCACCUCAGCAUCCACAUCUUCAAGCGGCAAGUCCCAGGUUCGGGUAUGUAUAAAUCGUCUUAACGUUGAGGAUGCUCGUCUCAUGCAACAGAGUAUUAAAAAGUUUGUACAAAAGUCACCAGAAAUGGCUAGAAAUAUUGGGUUACUUCAAGAAACAACUAGCAAGCAUCCUGUUAAUGAAUAUCUGUCAUUGGCUGCGAAUUUCAAUUCAUCUGGGACAUCUGGUAUUCCGAAGACUGAGUCUACAGUUGCGAGUUCUGCACCAUCAACCGCAGAUAUGUUUGCUGUUAUUAAAGCUGAUGAGAAACGCACUGGAACUAAAAGAAAAUUGGCCAUUUCCCUCGGAGAUAUCCCUCCAGAGCAAAUAUAUUCGAAACCCAAGCUGCGUCGAGUUGAACGCAUAAUGACCCUGCCAACACCAAAAGGAAUAAAAGAAGAAGUCAUCCGCUCCCAGACAUACCAACAGUUUAUGAAAAAUAUGGAGCAGAUUAUUGAAAUGCUAGAUGAUACGGAAUCCCCAAACUUCGAUACAGAAGAUGUAGAUGAUAAUAUAGAGUGCAUUCCGCCAAAACUUCUGAACACAAUGAGUGAUGAUGUGGCAAAGUUAAAAGCUAAGCAAGCAUUGGAUUCGAUACCAAAAAACAAACUGACUCUUCUUAUCAACUACGCCAUGCGAAACGUUUAUUUAGCCAGAAAUUAUUCUGCUGGACAGGAAGACGAAGAUGAUAUAGUUGAUGACGAAGUUAUAGAAAAAAUAUUAAACGCAAUGGAUGCGUGCUUACUCAUAUGCAAUAUUUAUUCAACAGUGAGCGACUUAAAGUUUUUGCAAGAAGAUAAUAUAUCACACAUAAUUAAAUUUGCUCAAUUCCAACUACGUGAAACUAUAUUUCCCUUACACGAUCCUGUCUAUACUGUAAAAAGUGUUAAGAAAACUUGUCAACGCAAAAAAGCUAAAUCCCAUCAAAGUCACCAUAGGAACUUACAACUUUGUUAUUCUAAAGUUGUUGAGCUUUUAAAGGUAUUCGUGACACUCUUUGACAAAUGUAUAUUUGUUGAUACCAUUGUUCUACCGUUAUCAACGCUUGCAAUCGAGCCGUUUUUUGUAGACAACAUCGAAACAUUGCAGUUUGUUUGCUUGGAGCUGGUCACAACGAUAUUUAGAAAGGAAAGAUAUGAUAAAAUACGGAAUAGUAUUUUGAGCGAUAUUCUAUCAUCUAUUGAUCGUUUACCUUCAUCAAAGAAGAAUCUGCGCCCAUAUAAACUUACAAAUAAUGGUGGAAAUAUUCAAAUGGUUACUGCUCUUGUACUCCAGUUAAUUCAGUGCGCAACUAUUUUAACGGAUUCACUUUGUGAGGGCGGUAAAAAUAAUACGAAAAUGAUACAUCUGCUUGAUGAUGAUGAUGAUUUACCAAGCAGUGCUACACAAGUCGUAAAACCUAAUCAGGAUAUCCUUGUUCUAAAAAAAUACGAUGUCGCAGUUAGUAUUGGUGGCAACUUUUUAACAACAUUUUUAAAUAAAUGCAAAUCUCGCACCAACGAAACUGACUUCCGUCCGCUCUUUGAAAAUUUUAUCCAUGAUCUAUUGUCCACUGUUAACAAGCCCGAAUGGCCAGCUUCGGAACUAUUGCUAUCCUUAUUGGGAACUAUGCUAGUGCGUUACGUAUCUGAUAAAUCUAUAGAACAGAGUAUUCGUCUUGUUUCUUUGGACUAUCUUGGCAUCGUAGCAGCUCGUUUGCGGAAAGAUACUGUUGAGUCCCGUUGUAAAGUAAAUAUCAUUGACUCCAUGAUUAAGUCAAUUAAAGCUGAACAAGAAAAAGAAGGUGAUUUACCUAUAGCAAACUCAAAAAUCGAGCUUCAUCCCGAAGAGCAGCGUACGGAGUUUCUUCAAAAAAUUCUUCUAGAUUUUCUAGCUGUAAAUGCACAAGAGGAGAAUUUAAUAUGGGACUAUGCGCGACAUUUUUAUUUGGCUCAAUGGUAUCGGGAUAUAAUCUACCAACGACGCAGAAUUAAAGAAGGCGACAAAGGAUUUGCUUCAAAGAAACCAAAGUCUCGUUUAAAACAACGAACAGGUGAAUAUUCUGAUACAUCAGAUUCUGGAUCCUGUGAUGAAAAUUAUCCUGACGACUCUAAUAAAAAUGGCAAUCGACCUGUCGACGUUGUUGAUUAUGAACUGAAUCUUGAAAUUUUUAAUGUCUUAGAAGAACGAAAACGGUACUUGAUUAGUAAAAUUAAACCAUUUCCAGUGGGCGAGCAAAGCCAUCAACACAUAAAAACGUAUAUAGAUUAUAAUAAUGCACAGUUGAUAGCUCAAUAUUUAGCUACGAAACGGCCAUUUAGUCAAUCAUUUGAUGGAUGUCUUAAAAAAAUUAUUUUAGUCGUUAAUGAACCAUCAAUCGCUGUGAGAACGCGAGCAAUGAAAUGUCUAGCAAAUAUUGUUGAAGUUGAUCCUCUGGUACUAAAGCGAAAGGACAUGCAAAUGGGUGUUAAUCAAAAAUUUCUAGAUACUGCAAUAUCAGUGCGCGAAGCUGCAGUUGACUUAGUAGGAAAAUUUGUUCUUAGCAAUCAGGAAUUAAUAGAUCAAUACUACGAUAUGCUUUCGACUCGAAUAUUGGACACUGGUGUUUCAGUAAGAAAGCGUGUAAUAAAAAUUUUGCGUGAUAUUUGUAUUGAAUAUCCUGAUUUCGAAAAAAUACCUGAAAUUUGUGUAAAAAUGAUACGCCGCGUUAACGACGAGGAAGGCAUUCAAAAGCUUGUUACGGAAGUUUUUAUGAAAAUGUGGUUCACACCAUGUGUCAAAAAUGACAAGUAUGGUAUACAACGGAAAAUUAAUCAAAUCAUUGAUGUGGUGAACAGUGCUCAUGAUACUGGAACAACGUGGUUAGAGGGUCUUCUGAUGAGCAUUUUCAAACCAAAAGAUAAUAUGGUUAAGCUUGAUGGAAGUACUCAGGAAAGUGUAAAAAAAAAUACAGAGCCACCACAAGAAAUUGUAUUAGCUUGCCAGCAAUUAGCUGAUGGUCUUGUGGACAGGCUAAUUGAAUUGGAGGACACCGACAAUGCACGUAUGCUUGGCUGCAUAACUACACUUCAUUUGCUAGCUAAAGUACGGCCUCAGCUCUUGAUUAGACACGCUAUGACAAUAGAGCCUUAUUUAAAUAUUAAAUGCCAUUCAGCUUCUGCAGCAAAAUUUAUUUGUGCAGUGGCUGAUAUUCUUGAAAAGGUUGUACCUCUAGUUAACAAUGCGAGCGAGUCGUUUUUGGCAUCUUUAGAAGAACAUCUGAUGCUGCUAGUAGUAUCAAGAAAUCAAGCUGAGGUUACAAGUUGUGUUUCUUGUUUGGGAGCACUCGUAAAUAAGAUUACAAAAAAUUUUAAAUUGAUUCGCGAUUGCUUUCAAAAGUUUUACCGUGUUCUGGAGCUGUCUAGAAAUCAAGUUGAGCAAAAUGUUUUUCAUAUUGAUAAUAUUUACACCCCUAGCUUUCGGAGAAGUCUAUUUACUAUUGGUAUUUUGAUGCGAUAUUUUGAUUUUAGUUCCCCAAUAGCAUUAGGUGAUGCAAAUAACGGACUUCCUCCAACAAUAUGCGAUAACGUAUUUGAAUGCUUAAUGUUCUUUUGUGGUUGCUCCAAUCACGAAAUUCGCAAACAAGCACUUAUAUCACUUGGCUCCUUCUGUGUUAUGAAUGAUGAUUAUCUGACUCGAUCAGAGCUUAAACAAUUUUACUGUGAUUUACUGAGGUCAUCCUCAAAUGAUGGCGGGAUUAAAAUAAUCUGCAUGCGAAAUAUUUGGAUUUAUUUAACUGAAUCUGAAAUGUUCAUGCACAACAAAGAGAAGGAGUGGGAAAAGCAAUCAAAGCAUGAAGACUUAAAGGAAAUGAAUGAUGUUUCUUCUGGUAUGGCUAGUCGCAUCAUUCAGCUCUAUUUGGAAGAAAUUCUCGACUGUUUCCUUAAUCGAGACGAUGCAGUCCGACUCUGGGCAGUCAAAGUCGUGCAAAUUGUUCUUCGCCAAGGCUUGGUGCACCCAGUUAGAAUGGUACCUUAUUUGAUAUGUCUGAGCACCGAUUUAAAGGUUGAGUCAGCCCAUAGAGCGGAUGCCUUGUUGAAAGAUAUUGAUAAAACAUAUUCAGGGUUUGUGAAUAUGAAAGUUCAAUUCGGGCUUCAACUUUGCUUUAAGCUACAGGAGAUAUUACAAAAAAACAAUAAGGCGAAAAACGAAAUUAUACGAGGUUAUGCAAAACGAGGGCCUGAUCAAGUAACAACAGCUUUGAAUGACUUUCUGUAUACAUUACUCCGCACCACAAAACCACAAAGACGCGCGUUGGUUCAGACGGUUACGAAACAAUUUGAUGAUAAUAAGACAUCAUUACAGCAAAUGUUAUACAUCGCCGACAAUCUUGCAUACUUUCCAUACGCGGUUCAAGAUGAGCCUCUAUACUUAAUCCAUCAAAUUGAUUUACUUAUAUCGAUGGCUGGUACACAUCUUUUAACUACUUUUAAAGAACACCUUAGACCAAGUGACAAGGGAGGAGACGUUCUUGAAGACGAUGAUGAUGAGGAGGACCCACAUGUUCUUUUUAGUCGUCUUCCUGAAGAUAUGACCGAAAUAAAAAAAUGUAUAACUUCCGCACAAGCGUGUAUGCUACUACUUGUACUAAAAGAGCACCUAAAAGAAAUGUAUGGCUUAACUGACGGAAAAAUAUCUCGUUAUUCGCCGUCUGAACAGAAGCUAUAUGAAAAGGCGGUAACACGUAGGAUCGUCGCAGACUUUAAUCCAAGAACCACAAUCGAUGUGAUUAAAAAGCAACCUCAAAAUUUUACAAGCGCGGAUACUGACUGUUUUUCUAGGAAAUUAUCGGAUGAAGAAAAAUUAGAUCUUGUUGUAAAAUAUUUGGAUUUCAAAAAGUUGAUGCUUAAACUUGAUCCGGAAGACGCUGAUUCUGAUGCAGAUGAAUCUCGCGACAAGACAAAACUAAAUAAUUCCGGGUUAACAGAAGAAAGUUCAACAACUCCAAGUCAAAUUCUAAACGACAAGCCAAACUCCGUUUCUAUUCCAGCUGUGACUUAUUGUAAAAUCCAAACAUCAUCCACUACAUUAAUGACUGAAACGUCAAAUAUCGAUACAUUGACCUUUCGUACAGCGAAAUCGGCACUCUCUCCUGUGAAGCUAAAUGCGCGGAAACAGAACCAACAACGCAAUAAAAAGAAACGACGCAAAAUUAUGUCAUCUGACGAAGAUGAUGAAUACAGCGGCAAUGACUAUUCGUGAGAUGUUUUAGUCUUAUUGGUUAAACCAUAUAAUACAAAAGGGAACAGAAAAUAUAUAAACGACUACUGAAGUUUAGGCUUAAACAAUCUUAAUUUAGGCAUAUAUAUGUAUGUAUGUAUAAUUUAUUGUCUAAAGUUUAGUGUAAAAAAGUAUGUAAUAAUAACUUAAAAGUUGAAUCACUUAGAGUAAUCAAAUUUAUUUUGUAGUAUCUGAACUCAUCUUAAUCAGUUCUGUUGGAGAAAAUAAUUAAAUAAACUAAAACUCAUGUAUAUUUUUUAAA